AUGUUUAUGCACAACAGGAAUCAGCUAUCAAGGAAUGAAAGAAUUGGAGGAAGAAGCAGAACAAGAAGCGAUGAUGAAGAUGAAGAAAAAGACAACGCAGAUGAGCCUUCUGUUGAGGUAGGCACUCGUAGGCCCAGAGGACGGCCUCCCGGAUCCAAGAACAAACCUAAACCACCUAUAUAUGUCACCCAGGAUAGCCCUAACGCGCUUCGCAGCCAUGUAAUGGAGGUAGCUGGUGGCACUGAUGUUGCGGAAAGCAUAGCCCAGUUUGCAAGAAGGCGUCAACGCGGGGUGUGUGUGCUAAGUGGUAGUGGCUCAGUAGCCAACGUGACCAUAAGACAGCCGGCUGCACCUAGUGCUGCUGUGGUACUUCAAGGGAGGUUUGAAAUUUUGUCCUUAAAUGGGGCUUUCCUGCCCGGUCCAGCCCCUCCGGGUGCGACUGGACUCACGGUGUACUUAGCUGGUGGUCAGGGGCAGGUGGUGGGUGGAAGUGUAAUAGGGCCACUUGUUGCAGCAGGGCCUGUUAUGGUCAUUGCUGCCACUUUUUCUAAUGCGACAUAUGAAAGAUUGCCUCUGGAAGAAGAUGAUGAAGCCGGUGGAUCCAGCCAGGCGCAGUUACGUGGAAUUGGAUCCAGUGGAGGGCAACAUCAGCACGGGAUACCUGAUCCUUCAUCACUGUCAAUGUAUAAUUUAACCCCGAAUUUGUUACCAAAUGGUGGCCAAUUGAAUCAUGAUGCAUAUGCUUGGCCGGCACCACCCCGCCCUCCCUAUUGA